AUGACAAUAUAACUAUAAACAGUGAACUAUUGAUUUGUGUCUUGAAUCCAUUUCACUUAUAGAGAUGGGCUUUGGUUGAAACGAUUCUCUUCAUGGAUUUAUGGCAGACGAGGAGUUGAUCAACAAGAUUCACGAGCUCAGCGACUUGGAGCUCGCCGCAUUAAUAUGUUUAGUCGCAGAAGAGCACUGUAUCAUUGAUACCGAUCCUGAUGCUCUAGACGAUCUCGUACAGGAGUUACAGCUGGUGAAAAUAUAUUUUUAUUCCCGUACCGAGUGUGUGCUAAUCUUUUGCAGGUCGCAUCUAAAGUCUUUGGCCUGACAUAUGCUGUCAUUGAUUGCAACAGUCAUACCACCCUCGAGGAUUUCGCCCAUGCCAUCCUUUCCGUCGAUGCCGCUCCUAAUCGAACCGAUUCCCCCUUGCUAAAUCGCCGCGACUCCUACUUCCUGCAAACUCCCGCAUUUCAGUCAAUUAAUCGACCAUCCGUGCCGGAAACGACCGAUAACAAGACGAUCGCAAAUGUAAUCAUUGCCAGGAAUCUUGAUGAAUCACCACAGCAGAUACAGAUUCAGGCUUUAGAGCUAAUGCGAACGAAACGACUUUUCACAAGGACAUCCAUACAAAAUGCGCCGAAACGUUUCUUGUUUAUUGCGGCUAUAGCAGGCGGUCAGGGGCCCAGGUUGACGAAACAUUUAAAUAACUAUAUGUUCAUUUCCCAUGUACACGAUCCACAAGAUGGCUUCCCGAACUUGGAAGAUUUGUUUACAGACGAUACGACCUCCACUCUAUCUGUAGUGAAAAGGAGUUCAACGCUACAGGCUGAAGGAAGUUUAUGGGCGAGGAUAUCUCCGAUGGUCAGUGAUCUUGCGCAUGUGACAGGCCAUUGUUACUGAUGUAAGUACAGGAUAUAGAAAAUCUAGCCCAGCAAAGUAAAAACACUACUGUUAGUGUUGAGGUAAAGCAAUAUCAACAAAAUAUUGCUUCGUUCCUGAGAAUCCACCGUGCUGUAGCGACUGGUAUAUCUGCAGUUGCCACAAAGCAUUUUGACAAGCUAGUCCGGUAAGAAUGAUCCUCCCUACCUAGAAUAUUCAUUCUAAUUCCUGUUAGAUGUCUCGCGCCAUUCCAUGGGCUCCCAUACGUUACGCCAUCUCUUGUUGCUCUUGCCGCUAGAAAAAUUUAUCUUCAUCGUAUCGAGAUCGCAAACCCGGAGAGAGAACGCAGUAUGCAAUGGGGUAGUGACCUAGAUGCAAUAAGAGAACUGCUGGAUGGUAUAGGACCAGAAGACGUAAUUGAGGAUGUUUUGGGUAGUGCAGGGGCCGAGGCUCCUUUGUAAGGUAGACAAACUGCUUGAAUAUAAAAAUCUUGACAUCACCUAGGUGUUAGUAAUAACUUCUGAAUUAUAU